AGACUGAUUCCGGACUUAAAAGCACAAGCAGAAGCUGUGAUUGUUGUGGUUCCGGAAGCACCCUUUUCGUUCAUCAUCUUCUUCGUCGUCGGAGCAAAACCCAGUUUUCCGCUUAGAAUUUGGUAAAAAGUACAGCCAGCCAGAGCCAGGUUCAUAUUCAGAUUAACAGUAAUGGCGGGCAGAGAAGUUCGCGAAUACACCAAUCUCACCGACCCUAAAGAUAAAAAAUGGGGAAAAGGGAAGGAUAAAAUAGACGACGAGGACAUCACCUUCCAGCGCAUGGUUGCCAAGAUGCAAGAGGUUGCAGGAGAACGAGGAGGCUACCUUCAUGGACGGGGCGCCUUGGAUAGUGACGACCUCCUAUAUCUCAAGGAGCAGAUGGAAGCUGAGGAGGAUGCAGAACGCCUGCUUCGCCGUACUGAGAAACGAGCAUUCGCAGCAUUUAAGAUAUCCUUCAAUGGUCACAAAGCUGCAAGUUUAGCAGAUUCUUCGCCUGCAACAGUUCCAUUGCCACUUCGUGUUGAGCCCAAACCAAAGAGUGGGAUCAGACAACAAGAUCUUCUCAAAAAGGUGGUGGAAGUUAAACCCAAGCGACCAAGAGUUACAAGCCCAUGUGAUGGGAAUCGGUCCGCAUCAGUAUCAAAUGCCUCCACGAAUUCCACGAAUCUCAAUUCUAAGACUGAACAGGAGAAGGGAAAAUAUACCCCCGACGUGAAACCGAGCAAAGAAAAUGGAGAGACAAAAGUGGAAAAUCCUGUUAAAAGCUUGCUAGGUUUAGCAUAUGCAAGUUCUGAUGAUGAGGACUGAAAAAUGAACCUUGGAACGAUUGUAUGAGCCCAAUAUGAAAAUAUCAUGUUAAAAUAUGUGCUACGUUUUUUAUU